AUGGCUCAAGUUCAGCUCCCACCUGUCGUAGACACACACGGCCUGUCUUCUUACAAGGACAGCAUCCUUGUAUCGGAAACAGAGAUGCCAUACGACGAGAAGCACAGCAUAAGAAGACCAAGCAAACAGCCCAGGUAUCUUGUCGUCUCACCUUACACGGAGCAAGAGCACCUUCUAGAUCUCGACACACUGGAUACCGAGAACCAGCUGCUAGCAGAGGCACUAACACACAUGACUUGCCUGCGAGAGGACUAUGCCACCGCUCCGUAUCUAGAAACAUUCAACUGGAGCGAGAUAGUAGAGCAUGUGCGAGAAUUAGCCCAGGCUAGGAACCACACGUGGAAGGAGACUUCCUUCUACAUUGUGGCAUUCCGAUCGCAGAUCCCGCCCACAACGCAAUACGGCGACCUUGGCGUGUUAGACAAGGCUGCGCAUGCUGAAGCAACGGCGAGCGGCGGAUUCUUGAAGUGA